AGUGAUUGACCAAUCAACACCAAUCUUGACACGCCCCUUGAAUAUUCGUUUUCGGUGACUGAAUGCGAGUCGACGGAUAAACAGUUUCAAUAAAAUUUUUCACUGAUUUUGUAGUUUUGAUUGAUUGAUGAUCUGAUUGACAUUGAUAAAACUUUAAAAUUAUUUACAAUGACGGAGCAGCAAAUGGAUUGUGCAUUGGAUUUGAUGAGAAGACUACCUCCUCAACAGAUUGAAAAAAACUUAAGUGAUUUAAUAGAUCUAGUGCCAUCUCUCUGCGAAGAUCUUUUAUCUUCAGUUGAUCAACCUCUAAAAAUUGCAAAAGACAAAGAAUCUGGAAAAGAUUAUUUACUAUGCGAUUAUAAUAGAGAUGGAGAUUCUUAUAGAUCACCUUGGAGUAAUACUUAUGAUCCACCAUUAGAAGAUGGUUCAAUGCCUUCUGAGAGACUCAGAAAGUUAGAAAUAGAUGCAAAUCAUGCAUUUGAUCAGUACAGAGAACUUUACUUCGAGGGUGGAGUCUCUUCUGUCUAUUUAUGGGACUUGGAUCAUGGUUUUGCAGCAGUGAUUCUAAUUAAAAAAGCAGGGGAUGGUUCAAAGAAAAUCAAAGGCUGUUGGGAUUCCAUUCAUGUAGUAGAAGUUCAAGAGAAGUCCACUGGACGAACUGCGCACUACAAAUUAACUUCCACUGCCAUGCUUUGGUUGCAGACUAAUAAGCAUGGAUCUGGAACAAUGAAUUUAGGAGGAAGUCUUACUAGACAGGUGGAACAAGAUGCUCAAAUAAGCGAAAGUUCUCCUCAUAUUGCAAACAUUGGUCGCAUGGUCGAGGACAUGGAAAAUAAAAUUCGAAAUACUUUAAAUGAAAUAUAUUUUGGAAAAACGAAAGACAUUGUAAAUGGAUUAAGGUCUGUGCAAUCUUUAGCCGAUCAAAGACAACAGGCUGCUCUUAGACAGGAUCUAGCGGCCGCACUUCAAAGGAGAAACGCCAAUAAUUGAUCCUGCGAAGAGGAUCAACUUUUCUUCGAUCUAGAAGAAUGUCAAUAAAAAAAGAUAAGAAAAAUAUCGUAAAUGAUAAAAUUAAAAAUCGAAUUGUUGCUGUCAUUAUUGACGAGAAUUUUGAACAGUUUCCUGUGAUAUGCAGGGUGCAGCGGUAAAGAUGAAUUUUUCCUGAAGUAUUAAAGAAUGAAUAAUUGAAUAUCAAUUAUUAAUUAUGUCGAGAUUUUGAAUAUAAUAUUAAGAAACAUUACGAGUGUCUGGGUUUUAUGUAUAUAUAUAUAUAGGAUGUGCCUAAAGGUAUGUAACACCUAAAAUCACUAUUUACACUUCAAACCAAUUAAUUUAUCAUAUUUUCAUGGAAUGCAUAUUUACGUUAAAAAUGUUUUUAAAUAUAGGUACAAUAAAUAUGUUUAAGUUUUA